GUCUACUAGAAAUAUAAUAGUUAUGACAGCUAAUGACUCGUGGUUCUCGUGGUUGUUGUCCUAACGAUGAAGAUAUAUAGCUUAGCACCACAACAAGUGUUGAGCAUAAGUCCAUAUUUGUUAACUCCAACUCCAAAGUGAUCAAAGAGAGAAAGAGAUAGAGAAUCGCCAUGGCAAAGAUGUCAGCACUUUCUAUCUUCGCCAUCUUUAUCAUCCUCGUUCUGGUUAUCUUUGAAAUACCUGAGAUAGAAGCACAUGAUAGCGAGUGUCUGAAAGAAUAUGGGGGUGAUGUUGGGUUUGGCUUCUGUGCGCCUAAGAUAUUUCCGACGAUUUGUUAUAGAAAUUGCCAAAAGGACAAGGGGGCUAAUGGUGGAAAAUGCCUCUGGGGAGAGGGCGGUAAAGUGAAAUGCUUAUGCGACUUCUGCAGCAAUGAAUCUUUUAAUCAGUUUAUAAGUCUUACUUGAAACUUGCAUGUGUCGUCGUUUGUGUAAUAAGCAAGGCUAAUGAUCCAAGAAAUAAUGUAACAAUGAAUAAGUAAAAUAAAGAACCGCUAGGCUUUGCUAGUCUUACUACUAUUAUUAAAUAAGGAUACUUCAAUCUCGUUAAGAUCGAUCUCGUAGAAGAUCAAUCCCUUUCUCUCUUUUAGCCAUCUGAAAACAAAUCAAGUACUGCAGAUUUGAUUUGACGGAUAGAAGUAUAUAACGUUGUAUUGAUAAAUGAUAAACCCAAA